CUAGCGCGAUUGAGCAGCAAUCAGGGCAGCUAAUAGCGUCACAGAUUGUUGUCGUGGUCCUCCGGAGUAAACAGUACAGUCUGUGACGCAGACACGUAGGUCAUUGAACGCGGCAAAAACGAAGGCUCACAAAGAGUGAAAUCUAAAGAACCCUAAUGAAAAUCCCCCCACCGACGCCCAAAGCGAUGCCCGCUCCUUCCUGACCGAGGAGAUGAUUGCAGAGUUCAAGGCAGCCUUCGACAUGUUUGACACCGACGGUGGCGGUGACAUCAGCACCAAGGAGCUGGGCCAGGUGAUGAGGAUGCUGGGCCAGAACCCAUCAAGGGAAGAGCUGGAUGCCAUCAUUGAGGAGGUGGAUGAGGACGGUAGCGGUACCAUCGACUUCGAGGAGUUCUUGGUCAUGAUGGUGCAACAGCUCAAGGAGGACCAGGCUGGAAAGAGUGAAGAAGAGCUUUCAGAAUGCUUCCGUAUUAUUGACAAGAACGGAGAUGGUUUCGUCGACCGGGAGGAGUUUGGAGAGAUCCUCCAUCUCACCGGAGAGCCCGUGGUGGAGGAGGACAUCGACGAGAUGUUUGGUGAAGGAGACACGAACCAUGACGGGAAGAUUGAUUUUGAUGAGUUUCUGAAGAUGAUGGAGAACGUCCAGUAGCGAGGCCCAGCUCUACAUUCCUUGGCCACCCUUCCUCAGAGAGAAUGCAGAGCAAACUUUAAAUGCUAUAAACACUUGUGCAAUUAUCAUUAGGAUGUUAUUUCUUGGACUCCGGGGCCCCCCCCCUUGAACCCCACUCCCUCGUCCCGACCCCCGACUCAUACGAAACCCUGGGGCUCUGUGAGGAAUCCUAUAAAUAUCCAUCCCUUCAACCCUUUUAAGACGAAGACUUGCCUGCGUUGUGCCAGCUGUCCCCUUCUGCAGCUGCCGCUUCUCCACUUCUCCAGAAAUGCUACACCACUUAGCCCCCCCCCCCCCUCUUCUUCCAAAAUAAAUACCAGCUCCACCCUAUUCUUUGCUUUCUAAAUAAAAACCACUUUCUCCAUGUU